GAGUCCUACCAGGAGCAGGGUCCUUUUGCUCCUGUUUUUCCUUCUUUUUGUUUGAAUUCUUUAGUUUUUUUAGAGUAGUGAGAAAAAAACAUGGCAAUUGGGCAGUUCAGAGAUGUUGAAAAUGGAGAAAAUAACACCCUUGAGGAUUUGGAACAGCCUCUGGUCAUUAAGCAGGAGAAAAUUGUUUCCUAUGAAGAUGAAUAUGGGAGUGAUGAGAAGAGUACUGAGAAAAGUGGAUCCAUUUGGAUGGUUUUGCUCAGCACUUGUGUUGCUGUUUGUGGCUCUUUUGAGUUUGGAUCAUGUGUGGGCUAUUCAGCUCCCACUCAGUCUGCUAUCAGGGAAGAUCUCAAUCUCUCUCUUGCCCAGUUCUCCAUGUUUGGCUCUAUACUAACAAUUGGUGCGAUGCUGGGUGCUAUAACAAGUGGUCGGAUUGCAGAUUUUCUUGGUCGAAAAGGGGCAAUGAGAAUGUCAGCUAGUUUUUGCAUUACAGGAUGGCUAGCCAUCUUUUUCUCUAAGGGAGCUUUGUCCCUUGAAAUAGGAAGGUUUUUCACUGGAUAUGGAAUUGGAGUUUUCUCCUAUGUGGUCCCAAUAUUUAUAGCAGAAAUAGCGCCCAAGAAUCUCCGCGGAGCACUUACAACAUUAAAUCAGCUCAUGAUUGUGACUGGAGCAUCAGUUGCAUUUGUAAUUGGAACAAUUAUAAGUUGGACAACACUUGCUCUAACUGGCAUUGUUCCUUGCAUUUUCCUGCUUGUGGGUCUAUGGUUUGUGCCGGAGUCGCCUCGAUGGCUGGCAAAGAUUGGCCAUGAGAAAGAAUUUCAGACUGCACUACAGAUACUCCGUGGAAAACAUGCUGAUAUAUCUGAUGAAAUGGCUGAAAUUCAAGAAUAUAUUGUUACUCUACAAAGUCUUCCAAAAGCCAAAUUGUUGGAUUUGUUUAAAAGCAAACAUAUUCGCCCUGUAAUUAUUGGGGUUGGAUUAAUGGUGUUUCAACAGUUUGGAGGUAUUAAUGGGAUAGGAUUCUAUGCAAGUCAAACCUUUGAAGAAGCUGGAAUUUCAAGCAAAACCGGAACCAUAGCUUAUGCAUGUGUUCAGGUCCCGAUCACUAUGGUCGGAGCAACGUUAAUUGAUAAGUCAGGAAGAAGGCCUCUUAUAAUGGUUUCAGCAACUGGGACAUUCCUAGGCUGUUUUCUAGCCGGAACUUCUUUCUUUCUGAAGGGAUAUGGUUUGUUGCUUGAUUGGGUACCGAUAAUAGCUGUGUCCGGCGUGCUGACUUACAUUGCGUCCUUCUCUAUUGGAAUGGGAGCUGUGCCUUGGGUGAUAAUGUCUGAGAUUUUUCCAAUCCAUGUGAAGGGAGCUGCUGGGAGCUUGGUGGUGCUUGUGAACUGGUUGGGUGCUUGGGCAAUUUCCUACACCUACAACUUUCUCAUGAGCUGGAGUUCCUCAGGAACUUAUUACAUUUACACUGGAUUUUCUUUGUUGACCAUCCUAUUUGUGGCCAAGUUAGUCCCGGAAACCAAAGGCAAAACCCUAGAAGAAAUUCAGUCAUGCAUCAAUUCAGAUAGAUCAAGAAGACAAGACAUCAUUAGCUGAUAACAUUUAGGAGUAGAUACGCUAGAAAAUUUCUGUGGGAUUUUGGCUCGAAAGUGUCUUCUCCAUUUUGAUUUGGAGGUGAGUUUCACGUCGGGAGCAAAAUACCCUUACCAUUCAUUAUGUGUCAAAUUUAUUUGGGCCUUCAACUCAAUGUGGAAGAUGCAAUAUAGCGAAGUGUGUACUUGUAUUCAUGUUGUAUAGAAAAUUGUGGAAAGAAAGUCUUAAUGCAAAUCCAUAAUAAAAGACUUGUUCCUUUAAUUUUGA